AUGGUGGUCAGCAAGAACCAGCACCUUAUGAAAGAAGGCAAAAAGGGAGCCAAGAAGAAAGUCGUUGACCCAUUUUCUAAAAAAGAUUGGUAUGAUGUGAAAGCAUCAGCUAUGUUCAAUAUAAGGAAUAUUGGGAAAACACUGGUCAUGAGAACUCAAGGAACAAAAAUCGCAUCUGAUGGCCUCAAAUGUCAUGCUUUUGAAGUAAGUCUUGCUGCUCUGCAGAAUGAUGAAAUUCGGAAGACCUCUUAUGCUCAGCACCAGCAGACAAAUGACUCGAAAGAGGUGGUCAAUAAACUGAUUCCAGAUAGUAUUGGAAAAGACAUAGAAAAGGCUUGCCAAUCUAUUUAUCCACUCCAUGAUGUCUUCGUUAGAAAAGUAAAAAUGCUGAAGAAGUCCAAAUUUGAAUUGGGAAAACUCAUGGAGCUACAUGGUGAAGGUAGUACUGAAAAAGCUACUGGGAACGAGACAGGUGUUAAAGUUGAAUGA